UCUCUCGUCCAAACUAUCGCCCUAGAUAUUCCUACAAGCGCUUCCAACUUCCUGUUUCAUUCUCUCUGAUUGCUUCUGAUUUUACGUGGCUGCCGCAAGAAAGAAGCGGAAAAGAGUUCUCCUUUCAAGGUUUCUACUUCGCUGAUAAGAGAAGUCUGUUCCGAUUCCGAAGGCAAGUUGCUUCAAAACGAACAAAUCUCCUUGUUCAUCCAUUCAACAAAUCCUAACUCUAGCGGUUUCUGAUUUGAGAGGGAUUCGCUUCACCGAUUCGACUGAUUUUGGAUGAUGAUAGUGUCACUCUGGGGCUCACGGGAAGGAAUCUGAAGUCUCUUGUGAAGAAUUGUAGAUUUAGUUUCAUUGUUGUGGUUGAAAAGAGAAAAAAAGAGCUUUUUGUUUGAUAUACUGUACUGUUUGAUUUGAUUUGAGUUUCAAUUUCAUUAUUUUUGUUUCAAUUUCAAAAGCAAUUGGAUUAUCUUGUUUGUGUUAAUAGAAAGAGUAAUUUUUACGAUGGCGGUGUAUUAUAAAUUUAAGAGCGCAAAAGAUUAUGAUUCAAUUCCCAUGGACGGUCCUUUCAUCUCUGUUGGUACAUUGAAACAAAAUAUUUUUGUAUCCAAGCAUUUAGGAAGGGGUACUGAUUUCGACCUAAUGGUUACCAACGCCCAGACCAAUGAAGAUUAUCUUGACGAAGAAAUGUUGAUUCCUAAAAAUACUUCAGUCUUAAUUCGCCGGGUUCCAGGACGGCCUCGUUUACCAAUUAUUACCGAACUACAACAAAAGGUGGAAAAUAAGAUGGUGGAAACUGAACCUGACUACAGUAGUUUACCCACAGAUGAUACAUCUGCCAUGAAAUAUCCCGAAAAUUUGGAUUGGGAUGAAUUUGGCAAUGAUUUAUAUUCAAUACCUGACCAACUACCUGUUCAAUCCACCAACAUGAUUCCAGAGGCUCCUUCUACUAACCAAGCUGACGAAGAAAGUAAGAUUAAGGCCUUGAUUGAUACCCCGGCCCUGGAUUGGCAAAAUCAAAGUUCAGACUUUGGUGCUGGUAGAGGUUUUCGACGGGGCAUGGGUGGACGGAUGGGGGGUGGACGUGGUUUUGGGUUGGAGCGAAAAACACCUCCAGAAGGCUAUGUAUGUCACAGAUGCAAGGUGCCUGGACAUUUCAUUCAGCAUUGCCCUACAAAUGGUGAUUCAAAUUUUGACAUAAAAAAAGUCAGGCAACCUACUGGUAUUCCUAGAUCUAUGCUGAUGGUAAAUCCACAAGGUUCCUAUGCUUUACUAAAUGGUUCAGUAGCUGUUUUGAAGCCAAAUGAGGCUGCUUUUGAGAAAGAAAUGGAAGGGUUGCCUUCUACGCGAUCAGUUGGGGAUCUACCACCUGAGCUCCACUGCCCCUUGUGCAAUAAUGUCAUGAAAGAUGCUGUAUUGACAAGCAAGUGCUGUUUUAAAAGCUUCUGUGACAAAUGUAUUAGGGACUAUAUUAUGUCCAAGUCUGCGUGCGUAUGUAGUGCAACGAAUAUUCUUGCUGAUGAUCUUUUACCAAAUAAGACACUGAGAGAUGCCAUCAAUCGCAUAUUGGAGUCAGGCAACAGCAGUACUGAAAAUGCUGGGAGCACUUAUCAAGUUCAAGAUAUGGAGUCUUCUCGUUGUACACAGCCUAAGGUUCCGUCUCCAACUUCAUCUGCUACUUCCAAGGGAGGACCAAAAGUUUCACCUGUUAAUGAAGGGUUGAAGAAUAUACAGGAAAUAGCUGAUGAGAGAAACGCUGUUUCUGCUCCACAGCAGACAUCAGAGCAAGUAACAAUCCCUAGAGCUGCUGAUGUGUCUGAAGCUACUCAUGAGUCUAUGAGUGUGAAGGAACCAGCCUCACAAGGAAGUGCUAAACUGGUUGAAGAAGAAGUGCAGCAAAAAGUGGUCCCUAUGGAUGCAGGAAAGAAAAAGAAAAAGAAGAAAGUUCGUACUAUGGCUCCUCCUGCAAAUGAUUUUCAAUGGAAAACCCCACAUGAUCUUGGGGCUGAGAACUAUAUGAUGCCAAUGGGUCCACCACCUCCCAGCUAUAAUUCAUACUGGAAUGGCAUGCAACCUUGUAUGGAUGGAUUUAUGGCACCAUAUCCUGGUCCAAUGCAAAUGCAAAUGCAAAUGAUGGGUUAUGGUCUAGGCCCCUUUGAUAUGCCAUUUGCAGGUGGUAUGCCUCAAGACCCAUUUGGCAUGCAAGGUUACAUGAUGCCUGCUGUUCCACCUCAUAGGGAUUUUGCUGACUUCAAUAGAGGGAUGAAUGUUCCUCCUCCAGUUAUAAAUAGAGAUGAGUUUGAAGCUCGGAAAGCUAAUAAUAUGAGGAGGAAGCAUGAAAAUGAGAGAUGGGGUGAAAGGGACUUCUCCAAAGAUCCAGAAUUGGGUAGGGAGGUGAGCAGUGUUGGGGAUGUUUCUUCAAUGAAAUCAAAAACAAAGUCAAAUCCACCGUCAUCUAGUGGCUACUCCAUUUCCCAUCAACAACGUCGCCGACCCUCGCCAGAUAGAUCUCGCCUUGAGGCGGAACCACCACGUUCUACCAAAAGAAAAUUGGAGCACCACUCCGAACGCGACCGUGACUACGAGCACGAGCGCCACCACCAUAACCACCGAUCAGAAUCCUCCUCAUUCCGAAAAUCACCUGAACCAGUCUCGAAAAGCACAUCGAACGCAUCAGCGGCUGAUCGCAAACAGAAAAGCAGCAUCUUCUCACGCAUAAGCUUCCCACUCGAGGAUGAACCCAAAACAAAGAAGAAAAAGCUUAGCGGUUCUUCCCAAUCAGGCACUGCUUCGAUACCGCAUGUCUCAAACGGUUAUUACGAAGUGAGAAAGAGUGAUCCCGUGUCUGACUACGAUUGUAGUGACGAUGAAAGGCAUUUCAAAAGGAGGCGGCCUAGGUAUGAGUCGGUGGAUUCGAGAGAGCGGAAGCAUAGGUGAAGAAGACUUGUAUUAGAAUUAACGCAUCUCUACCCAUACUUGAAAAGUUUAAAAUACUUAUUGGAACUUCUUCUCCUUACAAUUAACUCGCCCUUGUAAUUUUAUGUUUUUCUAUGAAAUGAAGUCAUUAUAUGUUUUAUCUUAUGCUUCAAA